AGUGCCGAGGGACCGGCACGGCCGCGUCACGUCCGGGGAAAACGAGGCCGCGGUCGCGUUGGAUACUGGCUUUCGAGAAGGAACGUCUAGUCUUACAGCCAUGCCGGAGCUAGGACGCCUCGAUCCAACGAAAUCAUGUGCGAUUCUCGCCAGUUCGCAGUAGUGACAGGAAGGACAUCAGAACUUCAGAAGGUGCCCAGCGUGGUGUCGACCUCUCAGCCAAUUUAUCGGCCACACCACUGCUCUGUAUGAGCUGACGUCCGGCGGCGGCAGCGGCCGAUAGGUCGGGGAUGGAGUGGAGCUCGGCCAGCCGCGCGGCGCUGAACGCCUCCCUGCCGCCGCCGCUGGGGGAGGAGGCGGCGGUAUCCGCCGGCCCGGCGCUCUGUCUGUCCGUGGCCAAGUCGGUGCUGCUCGGCCUGGUGGUGGCGCUCACCAUCGGCGGCAACACGCUGGUGCUGCUGGCGCUGGUGCGCAGCCGCUCGCUGCGCGACAGCACCGCCUACCUGAUCGGCAGUCUGGCCGUGGCCGACCUGCUGCUCGGCCUGGCCGUGCUGCCCUUCUCGGCCGUGCUGGAGGUGUCGGGCCGGUGGUACUUUGGCGCGGCGUUCUGCGCCGUCUGGGCGGCCGCUGACGUGCUCUGCUGCACGGCUAGCAUCCUCUCACUGUGCGUCAUCUCCGUGGACCGGUACAUCGGCGUGACGCGCCCGCUCGGCCACGCGCACAUCAUGAGCGGCCGGCGCACGAUGGCGCUCAACGGCCUGGUGUGGGCCGUCUCGCUGGCCAUCAGUAUCGGUCCGCUGGUGGGCUGGCGCGGCCCGCCCGACGCCUCCGGACAGCGCUGCACCGUCAACGGCGAGGUGGGCUAUGUGUUGUUCUCGGUGCUCGGCUCGUUCUACCUGCCGAUGCUGGUCAUCCUGUGCGUCUACUGGCGCAUCUACCGGGCCGUGGUGCGCGAGACGCGCUGCUGGCAGAACGGCCUCAAGGUGACCGACUCGCAGGUAGCCCUGCGCGUGCACCGCGGCGGCCGGCGGCCGUCGGACGACAGCGGCUGCAGUGCCGCCGACGAGACGCGCUGCACCGACCUGGAACGCAGCGCCGUCGGCAGUCGGCUGCAGAGCAAGUUCCGCGUGCAGACCAGGGCGGCCAAGACGCUGGGCAUCGUGGUGGGCGUCUUCCUGCUCUGCUGGUUCCCGUUCUUCUUCAUCCACCCGCUCAGGGCGCUGUGCUCCGUCUGCCACGUUCCCGAGCCGCUGUUCGCCUUCUUCUUCUGGCUCGGCUACUGCAACAGCUGCCUCAAUCCCUUCAUCUACGUGUGCACCUCGCUCGAGUUCAAGCAGGCGUUUCGGCAGAUCCUGUGCGGCGGCGGCCGGCGCCGCGGCCCGCCGCCCGUCGGCGCCUCGGUGGUGUCUCGCGCGGCGCGGCCCUUCACCGCCCUGAGCAGUGAGCGGCGCGCCAACUGUUAG